AUGUCAGCUAUAACAACAUUAAAUCCAAAAGCUGAAAGUGCUCGUCAAGCACAAGCAUUAGCCAUUAAUAUUUCGGCUGCAAGAGGUCUAGCCGAAAUGUUAAAAACAAAUCUUGGUCCAAAGGGAACGAUGAAAAUGUUAGUAUCAGGUGCUGGUGAAAUCAAAAUAACGAAAGAUGGAAAUACUUUACUCCAUGAAAUGCAAGUUCAACAUCCAACUGCAUCAUUGAUCGCUCGAGCCGCCACAGCUCAAGAUGAUAUUACCGGCGAUGGUACAACAAGUAUCGUGUUAUUAAUUGGUGAAUUAUUAAAACAAGCUGAUCUUUACAUUAGUGAAGGAUUACAUCCUCGUAUUGUUGCUGAAGGUUUUGAAUUAGCCAAAAAAGAAUCAUUAAAUGUGUUAGAUAAAUUAAAAAUACCGCUGAAAACAAAUCCAAUAGAUCGUGAAAUUUUAGUACAAAUCGCUCGUACAUCACUUCGUACAAAAUUGACACUGGAAAAUGCUGAUCUUUUGACAGAGAUAGUUGUAGAUGCUCUACUUACUUUGCAUGAGGAUGGUAAGCCAAUCGAUUUGAAUAUGGUUGAAAUAAUGGAAAUGAUGCAUCGUACAGAAUCUGAUUCACGACUUGUACGUGGUAUUGUCAUGGAUCAUGGUGGCCGACAUCCAUCAAUGCCAAAAGCUUUGAAAAAUGCUUAUAUUUUAACAUGCAAUGUUUCGCUUGAAUAUGAGAAAACAGAAGUGAAUGCUGGAUUUUUCUAUAAAAAUGCUGAGGAACGCGACCGUCUUGUUUCAUCAGAAAGAAAAUUUAUUGAUGAUCGUGUUCAAAAAAUACUUGAUUUGAAGAAAAAAGUUUGUGGUGAUGAUAAAACAAAACAUUUUGUGGUUAUUAAUCAAAAAGGUAUUGAUCCAUUUUCGUUGGAUGCAUUGGCCAAAGAAGGAAUACUCGCUUUAAGACGUGCUAAACGACGAAAUAUGGAACGUUUAACACUAGCAUGUGGUGGUGAAGCAAUGAAUUCGCUUGAAGAUUUAACGAAAGAUUGUUUAGGUUAUGCUGAAGACGUUUAUGAGCAUGUUUUGGGUGAAGAAAAAUUCACAUUUGUUGAAGGAUGUAAAAAUCCAAAAUCUGUAACAAUUUUACUCAAAGGCAGUACAAAAUACAUCAUGAAUCAAUUGAAAGAUGGUGUUCGUGAUGGUUUACGAUCUGUGGUUAACGCAAUCGAAGAUGGUUGUGUUAUUCCUGGUGCCGGUGCGUUGGAGAUUGUUACCCAUCAAGCUUUGACACAAUAUAAAGAACAAGUGAAAGGUCGUGCACGUCUCGGUAUACAAGCGUUUGCUGAAGCCUUAUUAAUAAUACCAAAAGCUGUAGCACAAAAUGCUGGACAUGAUCAACAAGAUACAAUUGUUAAAUUACAACAUGAAUAUGCAAAUUCAAAAAUGCCUGUUGGUGUUGAUGUUACAUCAGGUGAACCAAUGGAUCCCAAAUCGGCUGGCAUCUACGAUAAUUAUCGUGUUAAAAAACAAUUAAUACAUUCAAGUACAUCAAUAGCAACAAAUCUCAUUUUGGUUGAUGAAAUUUUGCGUGCGGGUCUAUCAUCGUUAAGACCAGGUGCUCAAUAA